GAGAGUACUGGCCCAGUUCCGCGGCCCCAAGAGGGUUGACUUUGGACCAAGUUGAGUUGGGCCGGUGGGUAAAAAUGAGAACAAUCGGUGGCCUUGGCUCCGGAGUCUCAAUGAGGAUCCCCUGCUUAGCAAUUCCAUAGAGAGUGGGUGUCUUGCCUUGAGUUGAGUGCAAUUUCCACAAAAGAAGACGAAUUUGACUGUGACCACUUGAAAAUUGAAAUCGUCGAUGGCGUUCAAAAGGAUUUUUUGAUUUGAUUAUGAGAAGCAAGACUCGCCGCGGGGGUAGGCCUAAACCUCCCACCUCUACUACUACCACCGCAACCGCUAGGGCACUUCCUCUCCUCCUCAGUCAGGAUGAAGAUGAUAUGCAAAGACUUGUGCCUGAAACCUGUGAUGUAGCUCAUAAUCUGAAUGACGAGACUGUUGAUAGUAUGGAUGUAGAUUGGGUAAAGGAAGAUACUUGUAUAAGUUGCAAUAGAGGUGGAGAUUUGUUGGUUUGUAGCGAAAUUGGCUGCCCGAUUGCCCUCCAUGACAAGUGCUGCAACCCUAAAUUCGAUGACUUGGGACACUUCUACUGCCCCUAUUGUUCGUACAAAAGAGCGAUUGUAGAGACUCGACGAUUGAGGAAAAAUGCCAUGCUGGCGAAGAAAGCUUUGGCGAAUUUUAUCGAUAAAAAUGCGGUGGCUGGGAAUGGACAGAAGCAGAAAUAUGGGAAAUCUCAGAGCAAAGGGCCCGAUUUAUCACUACAUGUGGGAAAUACAAGCAGGCCUGAUCAUGAGACAUGUCAGCGUGAUGAUGGUGGAGUCCAGAAUGAAUCUGUGCAAGAUGAGGAGGAUCAACAAAAGAAAAGGGGCGAUGCGGAGCUAGCCAGCAAUCAUCAGCAUAAGAUUGUGGUCGAUGAUGAAGUGUGCGCAAAUGCUUCUACACCCGAUGCUAGUGAUAAUGUACAUUUUAGAGAAGAAGGGAUUACACCAGGGAAUGAGCCUCUACAGGAUUCCAUAACCAAAGAUAAAGAGAUGCUUGCAGAUGGUACACUUGAUGAGGAAGACAGUCAGUAUGACGGAAUUUUUGAAGAGGAAGAGAUGCUUGCAGAUGGUACACUUCAUGCAUCAAAAGAAGGAUCACAGGAUGGUCUUGAGUUACAUGAGGAAAAUCAAGGUGGAACAGAGGAUGAACAACAAAUGCAGCCAGAAGCACCAAUGGCUCCUUCAAAUGCCAAUGUUCAUUUGGAAACUAAUGAUUCAGACACGGAGACACUCUCAGCACAACUUAAAAAAAGGCGUUUCAAACGUAGAGCUCGUAAGAAGGCAAGACCCCAUAAUGUCAUUUCACCAAGGAAAUCAUCCUCUCAGAAAAGCAAAUCCCCAGAGAAAAAUGCUAGGAAACCAACUGAGAAAGUUCCCACCUCCAAGAAUAAUAAGGUUUCUGCCUCCAAAAAGUCGAAACAACCCCAAGAGUUGCCUAAGCAAUUCACAAAGAUGCCUUUUCCUAGUGUGAAGCGAAAGAGACUUAACUGGACAGCUGAAGAAGAAGACAUGUUAAAGGAAGGAGUGCAUAGGUUUUCAACUUCAGAGAAGAAAAAUCUCCCUUGGAGGAAAAUUUUGGAAUUCGGUCACCAUAUAUUUCAUGCGACGCGUACACCAAUAGAUCUCAAGGACAAAUGGAAGAAUAUGAUGGCCAAAGAUUCUUCAACAAUUACGAGAAGAUGAGCCUAAUACUUAGGAGGUGUGCCGAAGAACAAGCCGGUCUCAGGGUUAGAAGAUACGUGUUCUGUUAAUUCUGUAAAUUCCUAAUUCGUUCGUUUUCUAAACAACCUUACUUGUGGGGUUGGUUUCGCUCUAUUGCCAAGAGUUGUAUCUCUUGAUACUAACAAAUCCGAAAUGAAUAUAAAGUCAUUCAAGGUUGGAUGCUUUUAAGGAGUAAAAACUGUAAAUAGUUUUAGCUGAAUGAGUUUUCGGGACUCUCUAUUAGCCUCAAUGUAUGACUUAAUAUACAGUGUACUACAUUGUCUCUUUUUCGACCA